GGGGGGGGGGGGGAUUUGGUUUAUUCCGCUGAGUUCGUUGAACAGUCAGGACCCACCGAAUGCUGAUCUUGCUACCGUAUAGUGCAGAGCGGAGCGAGAACGACAACAUCACGAUGUGGGCACUGGUGUUUCUGAGCGUCGUCGCAACGAUUUUCUGUCGAGAUGGCAGUUUUCUGUGCAUGAACAUGGCCCCAGACAGGCAGACGAUUGCUUCCCGGCUCCUCAACAUAAAGGAUGGCAACUUCUCCGCUGAGACAGUGGAGCAGUUCUUACACAUUCGAUACAAUACGCCUAAAGGAAUGUACAUGGCCUGCGGACAUCGCUAUGACGUGGAGGAGUACGUUUCCACUAAGGACUUGGACAACACGCACACGAUCUACACAGACAUGUGGGUCUUGAACCACAAACCUUCCAUCACGUUCAGCUAUACUGUUGGCGAGACGUACACACUGGUCGCUUACGACGCGGGUCACAUGCGUCUUGGUGGGCUCUGGGUCAACAUCAAGUCGGGAGAUGCUUCUACAGGACAGGAAGUGAUCGCUCAUUCGGGCCCCGUCAAUCCAGCCUGGACCAUGAGAAAUCCCUUUGUGUACGCCCUCUUCCGGCAACGGACCGGAAGUGAUAUCAUCGGUCUCACUGACCUCCGGAAGCAAAUCCUACAGCAAAUAAAACAAAAUGACGGGCACUUUCUCCUGGACAACUUGAUUCGAGAAAAAGAAUUAGAGGGUCCUGUGGGAAUAGGUCUCGUUGUGGUGAAGACCGACGCUUAUAGCAUUCAGCACUUUGUGGACAAGAAUGUCUUCAACAACUGUCCUUACCUGGCCUCCAAGAACCAAGAUCUUAUAAUGGCCCUGCAGGUCAUGGGCUAUGGUCUGACGGACGAGAACAGCUACUCAGACUACAGGGGCACAUUCCUGACGGAAAUGGAAGUGGACGUCCAGAUGAACUUCGUCAGCCCAGAGGCGCAUUUCGAUUCCUGCUGUAAACAUCACAUGUACCCCCCGACUGAGAUGAAGGUGGAUCCAUUCAGCGACAAACCAAUCAUGCCCGUGUAUACGCGCUUCGCUCCACAUGUAGAUCUCUCGUCCAUUGAGAUGACCCAAAGGAAACAAUUUGAUGACUACCUGG